GAAAUUCAGUUUGAAAAGAAUCGGCGUUCGGAGUGCGUCGCGCCGCUCGCGAGGUUACGCGGCGAGGUUAAAAUGUGACUGCGAGUUCUUGAUGAGUGCCAUAAUAUUAUUAUUGUCAGAUACAGUGAACGGACGCAUUUCGAAGCGUGUAGGGGCGUGCAGUGCCGACACAGCCGUUGGUGACGUGGCGCGUCCAAGGAUUAAAAGUUUACUGCGACGAAAACCCACCCGUACAAAAAGUUUCAUCGCGGUCUCAAUACGUGCCGAACAAUUGUAAUCACGAAGCGUUACUAUCAGAUCACUCUCACUGAUGUAGAGGUGCACGCGCUAUUCGAAAAUUCUAGAGUACACAAGGAAACACUUGUUUGUUUUGCAUACCGUUCGUUUUGGCUAGUGUUUAUUGGUGCCGGUUGUGUUAUUGGUCAAAUUAUGGUUGUUACCAAAGUCGAUAACAUGGCCUCGUUCUCUACAUACACGGGAAAACCGAAAAUAUUCUUCCCAAAGAAGGUACGUUCUGAGGAAUCCCUGCUGGAAUCGCCACAGAAGAGCACACGAUGGAUACCACUAGAUGGCAGCAGCCUGAAGCACAACGGCAGCGCCAAGGACCUGGCGUCCGUCAUGGAGAACCUGAAGAAGAGCUCCCUCGUCUCCCGCCAGAACCAGAGCCUCAAUACACAAGUCACGAGUUCUGCUCAACAGAUGGUAUCGAGUACCACUUCGAGCAGCGCGGCGACGAGCCAGCGCGUGCAGAGCUCGUCGCAGCGCCUCCAGCACAUGACCACCUCCGAGAUGAAGGCCAGCUCCAUGAAGUCCGACCUCUCGGAACUCAAGAGCUCCAUCUCCGAAAUGAAAAACCUUAGCAACACGGCCAGAAACUUCGGGCCGCGAUUGAGGAGUUCGAUGGAAAAUAUAGUGGAUCAAGAUGAUUUGGCGGACCGACAUUUGGAUAUUAGGGAUCUCAGCGAUAUGGGAGACAUGAGUGAUAUGGGGGACAUGAGUGAGCUGUCGGCUGAUGGGCCGUUGGUGACUUUCCCGGAGUCUGACACGCCGCCUCCCAUAGUCGACAAGCCGUCGCUGCUGACUGCUAGCACAGCGUCUGUAGGCUCCAACGCCGCCAACGAGCUAAAAUACAGCACCGCUCGUGUGACCUCAGCAAGUUCGACGCGGGUGGUCACCGAUGGCUACAGUGCUUCCAAGUCCGCCGCCAACAGUGCCAAAAUGCGGCGACUCCAGCAUGGAGACGUGCACUACGCGGAACACAGCGCCGCUGGAGCGUCACAUCGACUGCUGCAAGCUGAAGGGCUGACGGCGGAACAGAAGGCCGCAUACUCACAGGAGCAGAGAUCGCUUAGGGCGGGCGAGGUGACCGCGCAGGAGGCAAACAACAUGUCGGCGUCGAGUUCCCGGCUGCAGACGGAGGCUUUCAGCGCCGAGAAGAAGGCCAUGGCCACCGCGCAGGCCCGCCAGACCGUCACCUCCAGCGGGAUGUUCAGCCACAAGGAACACUCCAGCAUCGCCCAGUCCAACAUGACGAUAUCCAGCAAAAACAUGUCCACAAAAUCAACACUGCUCUCUUCACAGAUGAGUCAUAUGUUAAAUGGAACAGGCAAACCUGGAGAUGAGGAUCUUACCAACCUUACAUUUGAAGACUUAGAAAAAUUAAAUGGAAACUCAAACCAAGGAGAUGUCGAAAGUGCAAUUCAAAAAUAUGCAUCUAGAAUGAAUGCUUUUAUUACUUCAAUCAAAAAUAACCAAAUAGACAUGAAAAACGCCUCGGUACAUUUCAGCAAACUGAAUGAAAUGGUCAGAAGAGCGUGGGCGGUCCCUACAUACGGACACGAGCUAGGAUAUUCCCUUUGUAAUACGCUGAGGAUAUCUGGAGGACUCGACAUUCUAAUGGCUAAUUGUCUAGAAUCUAGUAAUCCUGACUUACAGUUCUCUUCAGCAAAACUUCUUGAGCAAUGCCUUACAACAGAAAAUAGAGCUCACGUCGUGGAAAAUGGCUUGGAAAAAGUUGUCAACGUUGCCUGCGUUUGCACAAAACACGCGAAUUCAGUCGACCACUCGAGAAUAGGCACUGGAAUUUUAGAACAUCUGUUCAAACACAGCGAGAGCACGUGUAGCGACGUUAUCAAACUGGGAGGUCUAGAUGCUGUGUUAUUCGAAUGUAGAAAGAACGACGUCGAAACGCUACGGCAUUGUGCAACGGCCCUCGCAAACUUGUCUCUCUACGGUGGUGCCGAAAACCAAGAAGCCAUGAUCAAAAGGAAAGUCCCCAUGUGGCUUUUCCCAUUAGCUUUCCACAAUGACGACAACAUCAAAUACUACGCAUGUUUAGCCAUCGCAGUUUUGGUGGCCAACAAAGAAAUCGAAGCAGCCGUCCUAAAGUCUGGAACACUGGAUUUAGUAGAGCCAUUCGUUACGUCACAUAAUCCGUCCGAGUUCGCACGAUCAAACCUUGCCCAUGCGCACGGUCAAAGCAAAAAUUGGUUGCAAAGGCUUGUACCUGUAUUGAGCUCAAAGAGAGAGGAAGCAAGAAACUUAGCAGCAUUCCAUUUCUGCAUGGAGGCUGGAAUCAAAAAGCACCAGGGCAAUACGGAGAUAUUCCGAGAAAUAGGUGCUAUAGAGUCCUUAAAAAAGGUAGCUAGUUGCCCCAACGCAGUGGCUUCGAAAUACGCUGCGCAAGCACUGAGGCUCAUUGGUGAGGAAGUGCCCCACAAGCUGUCUCAGCAAGUUCCUCUGUGGUCGAUAGAGGAUGUACGAGAAUGGGUGAAACAGAUAGGAUUUUCCGAAUACGCGACCAACUUCUACGAAAGCAGAGUCGACGGUGACUUGUUGUUGCAAAUAUCUGAGGAAAAUCUAAAGGAAGACAUCGGUUUACAAAAUGGAAUCAAACGUAAAAGAUUCACAAGAGAGCUUCAACAGUUGAAAAAGAUGGCGGAUUACACGUCUCGGGAUAGGAGCAGUUUGAACGAAUUCCUACAAGGCAUUGGACCAGAGUACACAAUUUACACGUACUCGAUGCUGAAUGCUGGCGUAGACAAGGAGUCCAUUCGCGGGUUAAGCGACGAACAGCUGGAAAACGAGUGCCGGAUCGUCAACAGCAUCCAUAGACUAAGGAUACUGAACGCCAUCAGAGCAUACGAAAGCACACUACCGAUCAAAGGCGAAGAAAACAUGGAGAAGAAUUUGGACGUUUUCGUCAGCUACCGACGGUCGAACGGCUCGCAACUGGCCAGUCUUCUGAAAGUCCACCUGCAACUCCGAGGGUUCACAGUCUUCAUCGACGUGGAGAGGCUAGAAGCUGGGAAAUUCGAUAACAACCUGCUACAAAGCAUUAGACAAGCGAAACACUUCCUGCUGGUUCUGACGCCGAAUGCGCUGGACAGAUGCAAGGGCGAUAAUGAACAAAAAGACUGGGUGCAUCGGGAGAUAGUAGCAGCGUUGGAGUCGCAGUGCAACAUCGUGCCGAUCACGGACAACUUCGACUGGCCGAAGCCCGAAGACCUGCCCGCAGACAUGCGCGCGGUUUGCCACUUCAACGGCGUGCGGUGGAUCCACGACUACCAGGACGCGUGCGUGGAGAAACUUGAAAGCUUCCUCCGCGGCAAGUCGAACCUCGCCAACCGGCUGGACGGGCCGCUACGCUCACGUGACGUGUCCGCUCCGAGCACCGCCGCCAUCGGCCGCGGCCCGCCCAACUACCAACGCAUGGCCUCGUGCGAGAGCCGCGGCAGCGAUAAGGCCGAUUGACUAGAGGCUACCAUACACGCCCUGCCACCCGUUAGACCACGACGAAGCCGCCAAUCAUCGUUAGAAAAAGCUUUGCCUUUAAUCUCACAAAGCUGUGAUCAACUUUGUAGUAGUAGUAGCACAUCCAAAACCUCGUCCCCGGAGAAAUCCCUUUACAGCCUACCCGAGAGACUUUCCGAGAGCAGUGACAACUUAGAUUGUAACGAGACGGAGAAGACAUCGAGGCGAUGCCGCAGCUGUGAAGGCAUUCUGGAGGCGGACGAGCAAAUGCACACGCAGCUCUCUUUGCCCACGCCCAUAGACGCUGCAACGCAAACAAAAAGAAAAAAGAACUUCAUGGACAGAUGUGUGAACAAAGUGAGACUGUGCUGAUGGUCAUAACGACGUGUUCGAUACGAAAGCAAUCUGCUCGCAGAGUGUGUAUGGUCAUUGACUGCCUUAAUUGGACAUUUCGCAUAUUUAUGUGAAUCUUAUUUUAAAGUACAAAAGUGUGCACAAUGUGUAAAUAUUUUGUGUAUGCCAGUUUAAUAAGUUAGUUUGAACACAGCAAACAAUUGGUAAUCUAAAAAGAUGUAAUCUCAUUGAGUGCAUGGGAAGAUUUUACCAUAAUGUGACAUAAUAUUGCUACCCUGCCAUGUUUCAAGAACAUAGCACGAGGUGGCAAUGAUAUUAUAUGCCAGUUUUGCUAUUUUUGUAUUAUGGCAAUCCGCUUAGCAUUUGUACACUCUGGCAAUAAUUGUUUUUAUCUCUCUAUUUCUUCAUUCUCUGUAGAAUAUUAUGUAAAGACUAUGGAUGUAUUUUUUGUUUUAUUUAGUUCUUGCCAAUGAAGUAUUUGUGAAAGCAAAAAUUAUACAAAAUUAUAAUUUGCCUAUGUGAUAGCCUAGAUCUUUUAUUUUAAGACUAAUGAAAUUUAUAAUUAAAUCCAAUCAAAAUCCACUUGAAAAUCGAAAUGUUUCUAGUACCUACAUACCUACUUUUAUAUAAUUUAUUUCUUAUGCACUGUUUAUAUGAAACUGCCUAGAUUAUUGAAAAUUGUACAAAAUUUUAUCUUAGAUUUAUAUACCUAGUUUUUUAAUUUAGUCAU